UGACCACAGUGAUUUGGUUCCUUCCGUUUGACAGGAUUCCAAGAAAUGCUCAAAUUACAAAGAACAAUGACCUUCUCUGGUCUCUGACUGUUUGGAUCUGAGCCAGUGUUGAUUAUCCCUCCCUUGUCCUGUCCCCUUCCUUCCUCGGUAUGGUGGCCCUCCCUGGGCCAAUGGGGAGCCAAGGAGCCGGGGGCCUUUGCGUCUUAGAGGUGGUGAGUGGCUGGGGCUAAGUGACGUGGACCAGCGCCUCUACGUGUUGGAGCGCCUGGAGGAACUGGUGACGCUACAGGACCAGCAGGAGACCCCCCCCGGAGACCCCCAUCUCGGUACCUGUCCUCCGCAGCAUCAUGAGCAGCAGAGCCCAGUGAGAGCAGUGCCGGAGGAGCGCGGUGAGAGCAGCCACACAGUUGGUUCUGAAGAGGGCGAGUCAGAAAAAGGAGAAGAGCGGCAGGAAAUAGCAGUGGAAAUGUUUCGGAAAAAAGCUUCGUCCUCCUUGAGAAUGAGAAGAAUAUCAGAAAGCAAUAGAUGGAACAUCGACCGCGGGCGUAGCUCGUCCUUCCAUGAGGUGCGUGGUCUUCGGGAGGCUGAGAUGAGGGCGGCGGCCGACGAGACGUCCAGCAGCAGCAGUGGCAGCAGCAACACCGUCCUGCAGCGACUCCUCCAGGAGCAGAUGCGCUAUGACGAGGGACGCAACUACCAGCUGGCCAUGCAGCAACAGCAGGAGCAGCAACGACAGCGGCAGCAGCAGGAAGGAGGGGUGAGCGUGGGCUACCCGGGCCAGGCAGGCCCCAACGACGACCGGCACGACUCCAUGGUGCCCCACAUCGCCCGGCAGGAGCCCCAGGGACAGGAGCUGCAGGCGGACAGUGGCAUGGAGAAACUGGGCUCCCGCGGUGGGGGUAGUAGUGGAGGAGGGAUGAGUGGUGCUGGGGGAGGUAGCGGCCAGGGCCCCAACCCAGAGGACUUACCCACUUACGAGGAGGCCAAGGUGCAGUCGCAGUACUUUCGCGGCCACCCGCACCACCAGCUACAUCAACAACAACAACAGUUGCCUCCGUCGGUGGGCGCAGCAUUUUACGUGACAGCCGUAACCAACAAUGGCAAGGUGCGUACUGAGGGGCGUCCCACGGUUCAGCGUCUGAGCAGCGGGGGAAAGGUGCACCAGGACGACGGGCUCAAGGACCUGAAGCAGGGCCAUGUGCGCUCCCUCUCCGAGCGCCUCAUGCAGCUCUCGCUUGCCACCAGCGGGGUCAAGGCCCACGCCCCUGUCACUAGUGCCCCUCUUUCCCCCCAGCUGCCCCCUCCGGGUCCGCCGGGGGACUACUACAAGCCCUCGGGCCAGCACCGGGGCCCCCCACCUGACUACCCCUUCAAGAACAUGGGCUCCUCUCCCAAACAGCUGCCGCAGCAUCAGGAGCAAGUAGGGCACUAUUACCAGGACCAUCGGCCAAGGGAGCAGGGCAGGAACGAGGUGCCACACGUCCGCUACCAGUCGCCGCCAGAGUACGGCUCCUUCAGGUCCAAUAAGGAGAGCUCCGUCCACUCCCAGAGGUCUGUCCAUCACCACAGCCCCACCUCCUCGGUCACCUCAGUGGGCUCUCUGUCCCGAGCCCAGUCCUCCACCCUCAGUAGUCUCCUCAGCGCCUCCCACCCCUCCCACACACACCCCCACCCCCAGGGGGACCCCUAUGCCUCCAUGGCUCCCCGAAGCCCCCAGGGCCCUGGAUCACACCAGGGAGACCCAUAUUGUCCCGUGCCCAUGCACCCUCCAAUUCAGAGGGGCCACGGCUUCCCACACGACCCCUACGGCUCCACCUCCAGGAUGCACCACCAGCAGCAGCACCACCAGUAUCAACAACAGCAGCAGCAGCAGCAGCAGCAGCAGCAGCAGCAGCAGCAACAACUCCAACACCAGCACCAACAGUACCACUCCCAGUCAUCCCAGGGCCACCCUCAGCACUACCCCCACCCCCAGGGGGACCCCUUCGCCAUGAUGUCCCGGGCCCAGCAGAUGGUGGACAUGGUGUCAGAGGAGAACCGGCUGCUCAAGCAGGAGAUGGAGGUGUGCUGCGAGAAGGUCACCAAGCUGCAGAAGUUGGAGACAGAGAUCACGCUGGUGUCGGAGGCCUAUGAGAACCUAGCCAAGUCAUCCACUAAGAGGGAGGCUCUGGAGAAAACCAUGAGGAACAAGCUGGAGCUGGAGGUGCGCAGGCUGCACGACUUCAACAGGGACCUCAGAGAGCGCAUGGAUACUGCCAACAAGCAGCUAGCUGCUAAGGAGUGGGAGGGAACGGAAGACAACCGCAAGACCAUCUCUCAGCUACUCACCCAGAACAAAGAGACGGUGCGUGAGAAGGAGAAGCUGGAGAUAGAGCUGAACUCCCUGCACUCCUCCACGGACGACCAGAGACGACACAUUGAGAUCAGGGACCAGGCUCUCAACAACGCCCAGGCCAAAGUAGUCAAACUGGAGGAGGAGCUGAAGAAGAAGCAGGUAUAUGUGGAGAAGGUGGAGCGCAUGCAGCAGGCCCUAGCCCAGCUCCAGGCUGCCUGUGAGAAGAGAGAGCAGCUGGAGCACCGCUUACGCACACGGCUGGAGCGGGAGCUGGAGUCACUGCGCAUGCAGCAGAGACAAGGUGGCUCCCAGAGCAGCAGCAGUGGUCAGGAGUACAACGCCACGGCUCUGAUGGAGCAUCUGAGGGAGAAGGAGGAGAGGAUCCUGGCCCUGGAGGCAGACAUGACCAAGUGGGAGCAGAAGUACCUGGAGGAGAGCGUCAUGAGGCAGUUUGCCUUAGACGCCGCCGCCUCCGUCGCCACCCAGAGGGACACGUCGUCGUCAGUGAUAAGCCACUCCGCCAGCAGCAGCUAUGAGCAGCAGCUGUCAGUGGAGGCUCGUAUCCAGAAGGAGGAGGAGGAGAUCCUGCUGGCCAACCGCCGCUGUCUAGACAUGGAAAGCAGGAUCAAGAACCUGCACGCCCAGAUCAUAGAGAAGGAUGCCAUGAUCAAAGUGCUCCACCAGCGUUCCAGGAAGGAUCCCAACAAGGACCGGGACGCCGCGGCCACCAUGCGACCCUCCAAGUCUCUGAUGUCCAUCGCCAACACGGGCGGCUCGGGCCUGCUCUCACACAGCUUGGGCCUCAGCAGCUCCCCCAUCACAGAAGAGCGCAAGGACAGCAGCUGGAAGGGCAGCCUGGGAGUUCUGUUGGGUCCAGAGUACCGUACCGAUUCUCUGAGGACAGAGUCCAUCUCGUCAUCUCCCUCCCCGGUCCUGCCCCUGACAGCAGGCCACUCUAAGACAGGCAGCAGGGACAGCUGCACCCAGACAGACAAGGGCCAGAGCCAGGAGGCUAGCAGCAAGCCCAGCACCCCAGCCCUGCAGAGCACGACCCUGCCCAACCGCCUCUCCAGCCCCAGCCCCGUCUACAUACCUGACCGCAUCGCAGAUGUGCCAGUGUUCCACAGCAGUACCCUGGAGAGGCGUGUCCUGGCGCAGUCCCACCCCCAGGCCACAUCAGCCCCUCAACAGGAGGACAACGACAUGGUGGAGAUUCUCAUCUGAACUGAACCAUAGCCUCUAUAGGUCACAGGACAGGAGGACAAUAUGUGUUUGUGCACAAUCAAUACACACACAUUCACAGACACACACUUUCAAAAUAGGUGGAGGAUUCCUUUUUUCAACGUUUGGUGUUUAACUAGUUGUCGGGUGACCGAGGGUGUGUUCAAAUACAUCACUUUUUUAGAUGUGCUUUAAUGAACAAUACUUUGUACGGUUUGUGAUUCGGGAGGUUUUAGUGUCAUCAGAAUGAUCAGUGAACUCUCUUGAACAGUGUUGCUGGAGGCUAUUGGUUAACUAGCCCCCUUGGAUCAAAUGUAUUGGCUACCAUACGUUGCAUCUAUUGGUUAACUAGCUCCCUUGGAUCAAAUGUAUCGGCUACCAUACGUUGCAUCUAUUGGUUAACUAGCCCCUUGGAUCAAAUGUAUUGGCUACCAUUGCAUCUAUUGGUUAACUAGCCCCCUUGGAUCAAAUGUAUUGGCUACCAUACGUUGCAUCUAUUGCACUACUUACUUUUUUCAUGAGUGUGUUUAAAAAUAUAUAUUUUUACGUUAAGUCUGACAUAGGUCAUCUAUUUAUGUGUAGUAAACAGUACAUUAUUCACCAAUGUUAGAUGUGGCACUUGGGUAAUCAGUGAUAUUGUAAACUACAAAACAUUACUUUAACCUGUAAAUACUGUAUUUAGAUACUGUAUGUAUGGCAUGUGUAUCAUUUAACUGAACUGAAUGGAAUAGGUUUUUAGAAGCCAUUCGGUUACAUGGCACUGCCAGCCAAGGACCACAAUGCACUGUUUAAAGUAUUGGGGGACCGGCCCCCCAUGUCACAGUGGAAAACUUGGGGGAGCGAGACUCACACAUUUCUACUGUGGUCCAAUGUGCUGCCUUUGUGACCCCACUGGAUGGGGUCUGUCUCUUUCGAAGUGCAGCAGUAGAAGAGGUUUGGUGUUCACCAAUGUGCCUAUGCAUCAGUUAAGGUUCUCCACAAUACUUGUUAAGUGUCCUUAAAUCCAGUCAUGCUGGGUUUGAAAGGGUAUUUUGCCCAGACUUGCUUCAAAUGAUAUUAGGCCUGAAAUAGUCCAUUAGGAUUUUAACUACUAGUUUAUGCAAUGAUCAGACAAUCUGGUAACAAUCAACUGUCUUUCUACACCGAUUGACAUUGUAUUUAUGAAACUAUAUGGCUCCAUUUACAAAGGAAGCCCAAUUCUGAUCUUUUCCCAAUAAUUGGGCAAAAGAUAGGAAUUGGGCUGCCUGGUUAAACACAGCCUAUGGGGUGAUGUUAGCAGUUGAAAUCCAAGUCAGUUUCACAACCACACGUGUCCCUUUCUUUUGACCAAAGGUAACAGAAUGAGUUUGUCUGGGGCUUGAUGUGAUAAUGAUCCUAUCUAUGAUCCUUGUCUGUAUCAUAGAUAUCACAUCUAACAGUGACAAAUAUCCACAUACAUAACAAUCUAGGUGAGAAUUUAUAAUCCAAAGCCAAAAAUGUGGGACCAAAGAAACACUCCACCAGCCAGUCUCCUGGCCUGACCCCACUAUUGUCUUUAAUGUCAAUUGGUUAAGUGGACAUUUAAAAAACAAAACACUGAGGUCAAUAAUAUCUCUGAACAAAAUUUUACUUCACCUGCUCAAACAAACUGUCUCCUCGUAUCUACAUUUCUCCAACCUGGCUGAUGCAGUUAGGCCAGUGUUUGAAAGAAGUACACUACAUCACCAAAAGUAUGUGGACACCUGCUUGUUGAACAUCUCAUUCCAAAAUCAUGGGCAUUAAUAUGGAGUUGGUCCCCCCUUUGCUGCUAUA